AUGUAUAUUCUAUCGGUUAGUGACAAUGAGAGCUUACUAUCGAAAUCGCCGGGAAUAUCGCCUCGACAUAGCGUUUCAUCGACGAGUUCCACCGGUUCCGCAUCCAAAGACACCACCAAUAAAAAAAGUGUGAGUUUUGCAAAACUCACAAAAUUACUAUCGACUCAACCAAAGGACAAAUUCUCUAAUUUGAAGCCAAUUCCGAGCCAUCAGUUCUCUAAUGAUAACACCAGUGAUGUAGGAAUCGGUAAUAAAAUGAAAAGGAGUGGAAGUGUUGACAGUCUUAUUGACGCACAACAGCAGCACAACAAUAGAGAAGACAUUAACAUAUCUAUUGCACCAUAUUUUACACCUAAUAUACCAAAUGCUAACAAUAAUUACCAAAUCAAACGCGACAGAGCUUUGGGCACAGCCUUCGCGCCCCGAUUUAGGGGCCAUUUGCCCCUCAGCUCGACCUCAUCCGUGCAACUCAUGGAUGGCCAACGAAACCAUCACCACAUGGACGACAUGCCGCCCUCGCCCUCCGCUUCUUAUCGUAUCACUCGAGCCUUUCCAGUGGGUCGACGACAGGCCAGUAUCGAUGUGUUUAUUCCCGAAAGCGUCCCCUUUAUGUCGAAGUCCGAGAAGAAAAAGUUUGAGAAAUAUAACAAAUUUAAUUUCGAUUUACAAGCCAUGUUUUCCGCUGUGGAGAACGAGCAGUUAGAAAGAGCUCUCACCACAAAAGAGAGUCGAGAGAAUCAAUUGAUAAGUUUGCUGAAAGAGGCCGAGAGAUGUGUAAUGGAUCUCAAUUUAACGGUUUUCGCUGUCCUCCCCAACGGGGGUCUCAGCGCCGCACUUCUCAAAGAAAAGGAGAGACAGCUAUGUCUUUGGGAAAGACGUCUUAAGCUAUUGCAGCGAAUGAAAGUCGGUUUUGAGCGGUUAGGUAUGGCCUAUGAGUUUUGUGCUGGCAUUUUGUCUGCCAAUUAUCACUUAUACGAUCUGAUGAUCUUCUGA